CUUGCUACCUACAUAGCCUUGUUAUAGCUGUGCCACGACUUCUUAAAGUCUAUUGCCUUUCUUACCUUACAGGUAUCAAUAACAUCUUGUUGUCAUAUCCUGGUUCUCCCGCUGUUUCUGUUGAGGUAUAAAUUGCCCCUCCCCAAGCUGACGGUCUUCGAGAAAAGACGGCAGAAAGGUGUCACUGCAUACCGGCGAUCUCAUUAUUCCACAAGGGGUUUUAAGAGAUCAGGAGCCAUUAACAAUCUGUUCAACACCUUUACUUGACAUCUCCGACAUCGCCAGCCUUCCUGCCACUUCCGGAUGGGGCUAGAUAUCAUCCUUGUCUGCAUCUGCUUCCUUGCCUUUUCCACAUCCACUCUUGCGUGCAGCUUCAGCCCCCACUACCAAUGUCCUUCUUACCGUCUUAGACCAUUGAUUCGACACGAUAUGGAUCUUAGCCCCCAGAUCUCUUGCUGCCAGGCCCGGUCAGAGUACAUCUGCAACCAUAUCUCGCUGCUAGCUCUAGGCGCAGACCCCAGUCUCACUACCAUCGAAAGUGGAUCAAUGGGCACCGUUUACAAGAUUCACCACCCCGUCACGUCCAAGGCCUUCGCUGUCAAGGCUUUCCAUGCCGCAGACGGCGAAUCUAUACCUGACUUCGCUGCCGCGAUACAGCAUGAAUUCUCCGUUGGCGCAGCUAUGGCCAACCACCCAGCAUUCGCCCGCUCUUACGCACUCCUCACGGAUGCUGAGAGUCUCCAAAUCCAUCUCAUCAUGGAACACGUCCCCUUGGCAUUGCUAGAUUUGCUAGAUCGUGCAUACUGGACGCACGACGACACGCACUGCCUGUUCACCCAGGUACUGCAGGCGGUGCUAGAUCUCCAUGAUUCAGGCUUCGCCCAUCGGGAUUUGAAACCGGGAAACAUUCUCUUAUCAACUGGUGGUCACGUCAAAUUGAUCGACUUCGGCGAAGCGGUCCCAUUGGAUGGAAAUGCCACUUCGUUCACUGGCACGCGGCCAUACAUCGCGCCGGAGCUAUAUGCAGGUGAGGUUGGAGGUUACGACGCAGCUGCAGCCGACCUGUGGUCGCUGGGCAUGCUGCUGUUACGUCUGUAUUUGGAAGAUGAUCCGUGGGACGAUUCCUCCCCCAAGGACGAGUAUUUCAACGCUUUUUUGGACAAUCCACACGCUCUGCUUGACGGCUUAGAUUUGGAUGCAGACAUUGAGCAGGCAAUGUUGAUUUUGCUGGACAUGGAGCCGAGCAACCGAUAUCAGAUUCGUCAAUUGUGGGAUGGUAAGCUUGGACACGACCCGCUAUGCGCUGUCGACGAAGCCGGAAUGCUACACCUGCCACUUGAAUUUACCUAAACAUUGGAAGGAUAUCUAUAAACAUUGGCCUAUCAUAGAGCGAGUAAAAAGCAGAACACAUCCCAAUAUUAUUUCUCAAU